CUCUUUAGUUACAAACAGCUGUGCUUGAAUUAUUUAUUCACGAAGGAAAUGUCAGACAAGGGAGCAUCGGUGAGAGCAAAUCAGUUUGUCUAGUUGAAACGAGACUCAGGAAUUUACUCACCUGAUAAGUGUCAUGGAAGAAAAUCCACCAAAGGUUAACAAAUGGGAUGGAAACGCUCUAAAAAAUGCAUUGGAUGAUGCAGUUAAAGAUGUGCUGCUUACUCGGUUUAGUUAUGUCGAAAGUCACAAACUUUUGGAUGGCAGGCUAAUUAUUUCUACAGUAGCUGUUGGGUUCUCCAUUUUUGCUCUGCUGUGGGACUGGUUAUAUCCCUUCCCCCAGUCUAGAACAGUCAUGUGUGUAUGCGUAAUAUCAUACUUCAUUAUGAUGGGAAUACUUACGUGGUACACAACAUAUUUGGAAAGAGGAAUCUUCUGCACUGCCCUUAAUAAGGAUGUUGCAGGCAUUGAUCCAGAUGAUGUCUGGCAUGCAUCCUCAUCUCUUAAAAGAUUUGACAACAAAUAUCACCUCCGCUUGUCACAGAAAAUAGGCAAAUCAGGGAAAGCCAAAGAAGCUCAUAUUGUUCUGACCGUUGAGAACUUCUUUGAUGAAACAGGAAAAUUGCUGUAUGGACCAAUGGCAAAGGAAGUGAUGCGAUUGCACUCAGAUGUUGAGCAUAAAAAGAACUAAGUUGCAAGGGCUGAUGGGAAUAUUUAAUUUCCAAUGCUUUAAAAUUAUUUGAUUUCUUUCAAGUAAUCUUAUUGUCAAAUGAGUACUAUUAUAGAAAAAAUUGCCUCUUAUUUUGAUAUGUUUGUAGGUGUUGUUUUCAUGGUUAAUGAAAUUUACAAGGUGGAAA